UCUCGUCGAGCCGUCACGCCAGGUGACAACUUGAGUGCCGGAACACUACAAGCCAAAAACUAUGCGUUUAAGAGCCUCUAAAACGCUCUUACAAGUGCACAAACAUCUCAUUUUCAAUCCCGCGUAAGUUUGGAGUGCGAAAUGGCGCUUAAAGUGUACUUUAUUGUUUUUAUAGUGUGGAUUGUGAACUGUAAGUGCAAUAUGUGUAAUGUGAAUCAAUGCGAUUGUCCAUUUAAUAUAACGGUAAAAGAAAGUGGUCAUCAGAUCAGUUGUUGUGACAUUCCCAUGCUGACAAAUAAGACUUUUAGGGGGGUUAAAGUAGAGUUCAGUGAAAAAUGUGAUUUAAACAAUAUUAAUUUUGAUGUUCCAAUACUCGAUACGUUUUCAAUUAUCAUGACAAAUAAUACAAUUGUAAAACUAAGAAUAAACGUCAAAGUCAAUAAUUUACGUGAAUUGAAUUUAUCAUUAAACAGGUUGAAAUAUAUUAACAAGGAUUUAUUCAGCAAUUACACGAAUCUCCGCGUUCUCAUUCUGAGUAGGAACGGUAUAAAUAAAAUAUCAACGGAGAGUUUUGUUGGUUUAACCAAGUUAGAGAAACUAGACCUAUCUGAAAACAAUUUGACUAAAUUGGAGAAUGUAUUUACGCCCUUAAAAAGCCUCCAGCAUCUAAAUUUAAGCCGGAAUAAUAUUGAGUUUAUUUUGGAGAAUUAUUUUAAUAAUUGGCUAUUACAACAUUUAGAUGUGUCCCAUAAUAAUCUAAGGAAAUUAGCGCCUGGAGCAUUGCAGUUACUGCCGAAUUUAGCACGAUUACUCCUGACAGAUAACCCGCAUUUGGGGAUUACACAGUUGGAUACACAAUUGUUAGUUGGCACAGGCCGCAGACUACAGCAGAUCGAUGCAUCGAGAACAGGAUUAUACCAAGUACCCGAAGCGUUCACACAUUCCGUUCGGUUCCUGUCUCUUGUGGGGAACCAUAUCAGCUCAAUACGCUGUGGAGACCUAGACAGCUAUCCACUCCUUCAGUCGUUAGACUUUUCGAAUAACAAAAUCAAAUCAAUCGAAGAAGACUCAUUAGGCAGACUAGAAAUGCUCCUAUUUCUGAAUUUAAACAAAAACUCUCUCAUCGUGGUCCCUAAAUCUCUGCCAGACGAAUUGAAAUAUCUUUCCAUAAAUAAUAAUAUGAUUAAAAACCUCACAUCGGCGGACUUCAAAAGCUUGCCAAACCUUCGUAUCUUGUUAUUGAAAAGCAAUAAGAUACUUUACAUUCAAGAUAACGUGUUUGACGAUUUGUUAUCUCUGGAAAUAUUAGAUUUGUCAAACAACCCACUGCAAAUGCUGUCGCCGAGCACUUUUGAUGGACCGUUAUCUCUCCGUGACCUGAGAUUAUGUUACUUGAAUAUUUCCGUGCCUGCGAAGGAUGGCACUUUUCCAAUGUCGUCCCCGGAAAGUGUGCAAAUGCUUCACUUACAAUCUAGUCCUGGCCUUGCCAGACAGUUUUUGGCUGACUCGGCCGCGCUCGCCGCCUUCUCUCAUUUACAAUAUUUGGAUCUAAGAAUGAAUAAUUUACGUAACAUACGAAACGAUCUACUCUUUUAUCUUGUGCAACUAAAGACGCUGAGAUUACACGGUAAUAAGAUUAACUGCAGCGCGGAGCUGUGGCUGUCCGAUUGGAUGAAUUGGAAUAAAAGUUUGCUAAACAAUGAAACGUGUUACUAUUCAACAUCCGAAGCGAAAGCGGAAAUAAACAAGUACAACUGUACCUUCCCUGAAACUUUCACAAUAAACGAAAGUUUGCCGCCCGUUAAUUUAUAUAGCACUGAAAUGAUAAAUAAACUGCUAAGAUAUUACGGGUAUUUAAACAAUAAAACAGAGAGGUCGUCCUUAAAACGUAAUUAUAAUAAUUUUGGUGACAAAAACAAUAGAAUUACGCUGAAUGUAAACGACACUUUUGUUUCGCGGCUUGAAAAGAAUUUCGUGAAUAAUACAAUUAGAAACAAUGAGAAAUUAGAUACUGAAAACAUGAUACAGUAUGAGGAUUAUUAUAAUAUAACCGGGAUUGUGGAAAAAUCUAAAAAAGAUGAAAAUAUCAAAUCGCUACCAGAACAUUUGAACACAAUAGUGUCCGAAAAUCCGACAUUAUCUGAAGAUAGAACUAUAUUCGGCAAAACGGGAAAUCGGUUGAUUACACCUGUGGCCACCAAAGAAUCUCUUACUAACCUGACAUUGGAAAAUCAAUACGCACUGAAUAGGAGCGCGAAUAAUACAUACACGACUCCAAAUAAUAUGGAAUAUUCUCAUUACAAGCCGCCGGACCAUUUCGCCCAAUGCUUUGGUAUAGUUUCCGUUUCGUGCUUAAUAGUGAUGUCUUUGGUAUUAUGGCUGAGUAUACGAUUGAGGUAUAAAAGGAGGCAUGCUCCGAGCGAGGACGGAGGGGGGCAGGAACAAAUAGAGGUGUCGAAUAUAUCUGGGGGUGUACUGUGGUGACAUUUACGAGUAGCCGAUCCAAUGCCAUUUGAAUACGACUCUCUUUUGACAUAGCACUUAAUUUUAAGAGAUCGGCUGCGAUGGAAACUCAUGUGAUAGGACUGGACGUAUUUUUCUAUGAAUAAGUACAAAUAGAUCGUUAAUGUAAGACAUGUAUGUUGUAUAAUUUGUAAAUAUGUAACACCUAUUUAUUUUUAUGAACUGUAUAUAUUAUCUAAGUGUAUAUUUAAUUAGCAUCGAUUGAUAUUAUAGUAUAUCGAGCUGUUAUUUAUUUCGUAUAUUAUUUAUCGGGUACAGUAAGACAUCUAGUAUAUCAAAAUAUAUAAAUAAAUCGGAAGCGCUACUACCUGCUUAGGACUUGGCCUCAGAUUUCAUCUGUUUCAUGAUCAUUCGUCAAUCUAGCCUCACGAUGUUUUCCUUCACUGCUCGAGCGAAUGUUAAAUACGCACAUAGACAGAAAAUUCAUUGGUGCACAGAUUCCACUAGGCCAAUAACAUAUAUAUGUAUAGUAAAAGAGGCAAAAUCCUGUACAUAAACAAAAAAAUAUGUUAGAUGAUGUCUCUGCAAUUGUUUGUAUUCUUUAACAUCAUUUUACUGUCAGUGUUCAGAUAUAAAAAAGGUAAAUUUAUGUAUCUUGUAUUAAUUAUAUUUAUUUUAUAAACAAGUUUGAUAUACUAUAAGAGCAUUUGAUAUUGACAUCAAUUGUGAAAACAGAUCAUGUCUUCCCUCGUAAUUCCAUACAUACAUGAUAAUUUUCUUGAAUAUAUUGAAGAUUUUUCUCUAAUCGGUUACUUAUAACAAAAACUAUAACUGUACUUUCUUAAGUGACGUAAUUUCUUAAGUGCCAAAGUUAUAUUUAUUGUAUUACCGACUGAUUCAUCGCGCUUUAAAUAUCAAGUGUCUUUACGAUCGACACUUGGUAGUUUUGGUAUUUAUGAUAAGAUGAAAAAAUGCAGAGUCUUGGGAAAUAAAAUCUUGAAGUAUAAAGCAAAAUCAAAGAUAAAAGGUAAUAAUUGAUUUACUGUAAAUUAAAUAUAAUUACUAAUUUUUUACAGUUUCGUAAGAUUGGUAUUUAUUUGUUAUUUUUUAAUUUAUACAAAAUAUGUAAACGGGCGUGUGUAUCAUAUAGUCCAGAUUCAAACUCACGACCUUAAAGUAACGCUGUCCCAUAAUAAAGCUAGUAGCUAUUGCUGUCAACUAAAUGUGUAAAACUUUUGGACUACAGUAAAUUAAUUUCAGAUUUCUGACACCAGUGGCGGUGGCGCUGUCAGGCAUUUCCCUCAGCUGACUUUUAUCGAAAUAAAUUCCUUUGAUCUCUACUGACUUCAUUGAAAUUUAUGCACAACGUAACGCGAUAUAUUUAAGAUAUCUUGCAUUAAGUAAGACAAUAAUAUUUUAAUCAACUAUAUAUAUAUACAUUAUAUUCCAGUUUGCGUUGACAAAAUUGUUAGGUUAUAUUUAGUUCUAAGUUUUGUCUCUGUAACGAAUUUAAUUGUUGUUUUCUAAAAAGUGACUCGUAACAAUUAUGAAUA